GGCCGUGAGAGCUCGGCACACCGCCGCCUCUCACACGCAGCGGCCUGCAACACGAAACGGUCGUUCCACACCUCACUCGGAGCUCCCUGUGAAUCGCUAUGGACUUCCGAUGGCCAAAUUAGGAGUUAGCAAGGUGAAGAGAACGCCGCAAUACAAAGAAAAACAUCACGUCUAGAGGGAUCGUGAUUCCUUGGCAACGUCUGUCAAGACGCCGCCCCCCUCUCCCCCCAAAAAAGAGACUAACACCCCGAGGGGUUCCCAGCAGCGAUGAAGAUCCGUGUGGUCCAGAUCUGGGGGUUUCUGAUGACGGUGCUGGGCUGGAUCUUCGUGGCCUGCACCAUAGCCAUGGAGGGCUGGAAGAUCACCUCCAUUGGUGGGAUGGGGGGCUCGUCAAUCAUCAAGAUAGCCUGGUUCUGGUCCAGCCUUUGGCGGGCUUGCUUCACCGACUCCACGGCCGUCACCAACUGCUACGACUUCCCCGUGCUCUGGUCCGUGGAUGGCCACAUCCAGAUAGUGCGUGGGCUGCUAAUGGGGUCGCUGGCGGUGGGCGCGCUGGGCUUCGUGCUCAGCAUGAUGGGCAUGGAGUGCACCUUCCUGGGUGGGAAGGAGAAGCCCAAACACAGGAAGGUCUACGCAGGGGGAUGCUUCCACAUACUCAGCGGUAUCCUGUCAACGUGCGGGUAUGUGGUCUAUGCCCAGUACGUCUCUGGAGAAUACUUCAACCCCCAUUUUGAAGGACUGAAGUUUGACCUGGGGACCCCUCUCUUCCUGGGCUGGGUGGGCUCUGCGUUUCACAUUACUGGCGGAUGUUUUUACCUGUGGGCCUCAUGCAAGCCGCUGUGUGGAGGAAAAGUGACGACUAUCGUGAUUCCCGCCGUUCCUGAGCUUCCUGAGACGACAACGGCCUUGUCCACCGUGUCUGAGAUCCCAUCCAAGAGCAAGGUCUCCACCUCCUCCACCUCCUCCUCCUCUUCCUCCACCGCUCGUUCCGAUGUGUCCGGGAUCUCGUCGAGGGCCGAACGUUCCUCCGGGUCUUCCAGGUCUUCCAGAUCAUCCGGGUCUUCCAGGUCGGCGGGGCGUCCCUCUCGGUCCCGGGCCGCCAGAUCAUCAGCCUCGGAGUCGGGCCGCUCGUCGAGGUCCAGCCGGUCGUCUCGCUCCAGCGGGGCUGGGGGCGCUGGGACAGUAUCGUCUCGGUCCGCUGGGUCCAGGAGUGACCGCAUACCCUUCUUGAAUACCAACUACGUUUGAAAUAUAUUUAAAGGUGACAUAUCAUACCAACAGGUGUGAGUGGGAUUAACCGCUACAAGCCGAUUUGAAAAUCGGCCUCUUCUGACAUCACAGGUGGGCGUGUCCACCUAGAUGUGUGACGGAUAGAUGUGCAAUGUUUGCUGCAGUCCGCUGGGUAGGCUGGUAGACUGAUCUAUCCAGCACACAUCUAGGUGGACACGCCCACUUGUGAUGUCAGAAUUAAAAAAUGCUUGUAACGGCUAAUCACACUCACACCUGGUAUAAUAUGUCACCUUUAAGUACAAUAGUGUGCAAUUACAUUACAGGUUCUCUCCAGAUUCGAUUGUGCGUUUUUGUCGACCGUGAAUCAGAAUGGAUGUAUGGAUAUUGUUUUUGCUUGAUCAAUUAGUUUGGCAAUUGGGUUUAUUGGUUUUCUAUUCAUCAUUUCUGUUCAUUCCGUCCUGUGGAUUGUGAAUAGGGCUUGUCUGGUCAUCUUCACUGUAUUUUUUAUCAAUUCCUCAAACACUCCUUUAAUCUCAACUCCUCCUGUUGUCCUUCAACCCCUGCUCAUCAGCGGGAAACCAAAGAAAAAAAAAAAAUAUAUAGCCACUAAAUAAUUUAUUGUUACAGAUACCACCAAAAUGUAGAUAUAUUUUAGAUUUUUAUAUAUUUUUGGCCCAUUGACACAUAAGGAACUGGUUCAGGGAUAGACAUGUGUAUAUAGGUAGGAGUGUCACAGCACUGUUACAUUUACGUUAGCAUUUAUAUAAAUAACACCGUACUGUGUUACUAGGAUUACGAUCCAAAAUGUCAGCCGCUCUGGAGCCAUGUGGAAAGAUUUCUCCAGAACGUAAUGGGGAUAUUGUUUGACACAACAGCCUAAUGCUUGAAUUGUUUCAAUAAAGAGGAUAUCAAUGCUAGGAAGCUAUUGGGAAACCUUUACUGUACUUUCUACCAAAGAUUCAAAGUUAUGCUAUACAUUGGUUUGCCAAUGAUGUACAUAAAUAAAACUGAAUAAAUACCUUUUGUGGUCAAAUGCUA